UUCCUUCUUUCAGGUUUCAACCUAAGGCUGCCGACUUUGUUCUUCCUCCUCUACCCGUGCUCUGUUUUUGUACUUCUGUUGUGUGAAUUAUUGGUCGCCAAGCGUCAUCGUCGAUCUUCCACCAUUGUCAAAGCUAAAGAGGUUGAAUGGGAGUGCUUGAUCAAGAACUGACUACAAUGAUUGAUGAUGAAGUUGAAGCUCUGAAUGAAGAACUGUCAGCAUCUGAAUCAGAGUCAGAAUCGGGAGAAGAAGAUGCAAAAUUGACUGAACCAUCUAAAAAUGCAAUAUUUAACAGAGAUGGUCUCCUGGAUAAACUUGGAGACAUAAGCUGGCCAGAGAACGUGGAAUGGGUCCACAAACUCUCCAUUGAUAUUGAUCAAGAGCAAGAAGUAGAUGUGAAUGAUGACUUGGCACGGGAGCUUUCUUUUUACACACAGGCAUUGGAGGGAACUAGGCAGGCUUUUGAGAAGUUCCAAUCAAUGGGUGUUCCUUUCCUAAGACCUCCCGACUAUUAUGCAGAAAUGUUGAAGACAGAUACUCAUAUGGAGAAGGUGAAGGGCCGGCUGUUAGCAGAGAAGAGGAAGAUGGAAGAGGCCGAAGAAAGAAGGAAGGCCAGGGAGGCCAAAAGAUUGUCUAAAGAAAUUCAGGCCCAGAAACUGAAGGAAAGAGCUAAGCAGAAAAAGGAAGACAUAGAAUCUGUUAAGAAGUGGAGGAAGCAAAGGCAACAGAGUGGUUUUGCUGGGAGUGGCAAUGAUGUUGAUCUGGAUUUGAACUUUGAGGAUGGGAAAGUAUUUGAGAGGUCAAACAAGAAAAGGCCUGGCGCCUCUCCAGGCGACCGGUCUGGAGGUAAGGCAAGGCAAUCUUUUGGACAAGGGAAGAAACAGAAAAAACGGGAGUUCAGGAAUUCUAAAUUUGGUUUUGGAGGUAGGAAGGGACUGAAAAGGCAGAAUACAGCUGAGACAACAAAUGAUUUUAAAGGAUUCAAGAAGAACUCUGCCCCUGGAAAUAAGAGGAGAAAGAAGUAACAUCAUCUUGAUAUGUAAUCUCCAGAGGAAAUAUUACCAGGUCGUCUAUUGGCUAUUUUGUUUAAUAUAUUCUGUAAUUUCAUUUUAGAGGAUGGCUUAAAUCUCACAUGCUAUGCUAUAUCGUGGGUUUUAAAGUAGUUUU